AUGAAUGCUCCCUUUUAUCAAAUGUUUAUGGGUGAUAAAGCGGAACAAAACUCUCUUGCUCUAUUGGAAGGCCGCCUCCCUCUGCCGGAUGGGAUUGACGAGCCGACUAGGUGUUUCCUUUCCCAGUGUGGGUUCCACCAAGGUCACUCCAUGACACCCUUGGAGGUCUCUACUGAGGAUCACAUCUACUUCUGGUCACGUAAUCCAGAAAAUAAGGGCUCGGAACCUCAUGGCUUGCAUAAUGGCCACUUCAAAGCAUGGACUUUCUCCGCGAUGGUGGCCCAAUGUGAUGCUUUAGUGCGCCAUAUUCCUCUCACUACCGGGUUCGUUCCGGCGAAUUGGCGACACCUCAUGAACUUUGCGAUUGAAAAGAAGCCGGGGGAGUUUCGCUUGAAGAAGAUGCGUACAAUCCAGCUGAUGAACUCCGAAUCUCAGGCCAAUUACAAGAAGAUCGGCCAACUAGCCGUGUCCUAUGGUGAAGAACACCAUCUUCUUGCUGACGGUCAGUGCAGGUCGCGUAAGCACCAUCAAGCAAUUGAUCUGGCCCUAUCUAAGCGGCUGGUAUGGGACCUGUUGAUUCUCCAGCGCCGGGCUGCAGGAUGGAUCUUGAAUGAUGCUACAUCAUGA